AACACGUCUGUAAGAGCCAACACAAAGGACGAGUGACACGAACACACACGCACACGCACACGAAGAAGGGUGUGCGUGUGUCUAAAAAAGGAGGCGCUCUCUAAGGCUGCGUGCGCUCCUGCUGCCAGAUGGAGGCGAUGUCGCUCCUCCUCUGCUCCCUGCUCUGUUCAAGCCACAGCUCUCAGUCUGCUGGGUGAGAUCAUUACCAGACACCAGGCUCUGGGACUUGACAUUCACCGAUCUGUGAAGCAGAGAUAAGGGAGGAACGUCUGCUGAUCCCAUGCAACCGGCGACAGAAAGGCAGCGACCCAACCCAUACCGCACACCGCCGCAGCGCACCCCGUCCAGGCCGGACUCCUCUAUCCUCUGUGCCAACGGCUCCCAGCGCGCUCUCGUCUGACAUUUCCCCGCUGGAUUUGGGCUUGUUGUUUUAACUGCAGUAACAGUGCUACCAACUAAGCCCCCACUACCGCGUAUACACCUCUUGCCUCUCGUCUAUCAAACCAAGCAGCGGAUUUGCAGAGAGCUUUUAGCCCAGUGACCGGCGAUCCUGGUGCCGCUCCAGAGACUCAGCGCGCACCUCCGCGGUUCCAGCACCACCGCCGCCGCUUCUGCCGACACACGCGUCGACCUGCAGGAGCCUCGGUGGAACUGAUUUCUCUGAGGAAUUGGGACAUAAGCGCCAAGUUUCCAAUUGGAUUCCACCUCACACACUCCCCGUGUUUCUAUCUUCCACUGUCAUCGCAUCGACUGCAAACCCUAUUUUCGCCCUUUUUUUCCCUCCUUCUCCUGCUUGUCCAAGGCACAGUUGACGCCAUUUUUUUCACCGGAUUUUCUGUGAGAGAUAUUGACAUACAUAUACUGUUUUGGCUCCGUGUGACAGCUCCCCGGGAUGCUGUCAUCCCAUCCCGUGGCUGGUGUAAAAUGCGUCUAAAUGGAUUGUAAACGAUCGUGAUAAAAUAUUUACAGGUUAGAGCCGAGCCUGUGACAACAUUAGACAUGGACAGUCCCUGGCUUUGUUGCGUUCCUGUGGGACAACCAACCCAACCUCAGUAGCUGAUUUAUAUCAACCAACCAGUUGGACAGACUACUGUUCUCUUGCAUCCUUUUGGCUGGCUGCCACAGCUUCCCCCCAUCCGGACUAGCUCUGGCUGGAGUGUGGAUGGAGUCUAGGGAUCUGGUUGGCACGGCCCGUCCCAAAGAGGUGGAGUUACAGGGGGGCAGGGUGGGGCCAAAUGAGGAAGACCAGGAAGGAGCACAAGACAUCGGUUUAGUGUGCAGUGAUGAUGUGAUCAUCGGCGGCCUCAGUGAAGGGGAGGGGCUUGAGGAGCAAGGGGAGGGGCUUCUGGAGGAACAGGAGUUCUCCAUCAAGGAAGCAAGUUUCCAGGAAGGAAGUCUGAAGUUAAAGAUCCAGACCACCAAACGCACCAAGAAGCCCCCCAAGAAUCUUGAGAACUAUAUUUGCCCACCGGAGAUCAGGAUGACCAUCCGGCCUUCUUUUGGAGAGGGCAAAACUGGGAGGCAGGGACGGUCAGGAAGGGGGGCAGGAGCAGGGCGGGCUCAAAAGGACGAAGAACGAGGCCUGACAAAAAAAAGGACAUACGAGCGCCAGUACAGAAUGCCUGAGCAGAAAGAAGGAGGCCUGCUGCAACUACUGGGAGAUCACACUCCACCCAAACACCAGCUUCGUGGCUCCCUCCUUCCCGCACACACGCUCUCUCUCACACAGCAAACACAACAAGCUCUCAUGCAACCAUUCCAGCAACAACACCAAAUCACUUCAGACCGGAUUACAACUGCAGCACCAUCUGCAACCGCAGCAAAUCCAGCAGAUUUCAAGGCAUCCAGAGAACGGUCAGGGACGAGUAAGAAAAGUUUGCUUGAUUCCACUCAACCUUUCUUACGAACUGCAUCACAAAGCCCCUCACCUCAGCGAUCCUUAACUCCAGACCUGCAGUUGCCAGUGGUUACCGAUGCCAGUAUUCUUAACCUGACCUCUCUGAGCAGGGGUAGAGGUUUACAAGAGGUCAGCGAACAGCUUUUUGGGAACAUCAAGAGGAAGUAUGGCAGGAAGGACUCCCAGAGGAUGCUCAGCAACCCCCACUGUGCUGAUUCACCAUGGGGUAGACAGGCAGAGAAAGGACCAGAGAGCCCAUCAAAUUUAGAGGAGAGGCAGAAGUACAGGCACGAGGAGACCACGGAACAGUUUCAUGAAGAAAGAGAGGAAAGAAAAAAAGAGGAAGGAGAUCAAGCGAUUUCUGUGAAGAGAGUAGAUGAAGAAGACCGGGGAAUGCACACGAUUACAGAGGAGCUAAAAGGAAGAAAGAGGCGAAGACGGCCUUCUUUUGAUGAGUCAUUUUCUGUUGAUGAGGAAUCGCAGCUACGACAAGAAUCUGACACCACAGAACAACAGCAGCCACGGCCCCCAGAACUCAAAGUAGCACAUAAGAUGGAAUCUUACAAAAAUGAUCACACAAGUCAAUUUAAUAUUAGUAGAGCAAGGGCAGAAAAAGUAGACAAAUGUGAUAAAAGAGAAAAGGGGGAGAGGGCAGACAGGGCUGAACGAGAAGAGGUGGUUACAAACAGACCUGACUCUGAGACAGCUGUGAGUGCUAACAGAAUAAAAAAGAAGCCGGUGGGUCGACCUAAAGUCAGCACAGAAAUCUUUAAACACAAAGAAGCUUCACACAACUUGAUUAACAAACCCACGCUUAAUGCGAACCCCAGACUCCCUAGUCCCAAUCCCAGCUUGAAGGGCAACAUCAGUCCUAGCCUCAGCCCAAAAUCCAGAGUUAACAUAAGCCCGAGUCCCAGUCCUAAGUCUAGGUUUACCCUUAGCCCAAGUCCAAGAGUUAAUGUCAGCCCUAGUCCAAGCCCUAAAUCCAGAAUAAACAUCAGCCCUAGUCUGAGCCCUAAACCUAGACUAGCCCUAAGUCCAAGUUCCAGCCACAGCACUAGCUCUACAGCAAGUUGCAGCAGACCAUCCAAGGCCUUUGACAGGUGGUCCUACCUGAAAGCUAAAAGCUAUGCCAGUCUCACAUCACUCCAGAGAGAAAACCGGAGUAGCCCAUCCACCCUAACAGACCCACCUUCAGCCUUUCCCAUCACCCCCUCAAGCCCUCUCUACACCAACACUGACAGCCUGACUGUCCACACACCCAUUAAGAGAAAACGGGGACGACCCAAGAAGCAGCCACUGCUAACUGUGGAGACCAUCCACGAGGGCACCUCAACAUCUCCACCAAGCCCUCUUUCACAAGAAACAUCAGCAGAACUAAACAGCAGGACAAAAACACACACCCUAGCACAAAUGGCAUCCACACCCACCAGUGCAAAUUCAAACAGUCUGAAACUAAAGCAGGGUCGAGGCUGUUCCCGGCCAGUCAAUAAGAUAAGGCUUGGAAAAAUGCAGAGCAUCCUAAAUGAGAUCCUCUCAAGUUCUAGUCAGAAUGGCAGUCUGCCUCUGAAGUCCCCGUCAGCCCCAGUCACUUCAGCGAUGAGUGCCAUGGCCUCUACCAUUGAGGCACGGCUGGGAAAACAGAUAAAUGUUAGCAAGAGAGGAACAAUCUACAUUGGUAAGAAGAGAGGGCGAAAACCAAGAGCAGAAACCCAAAGCUGCAACAAAACCAUGUCCGUCUCAUCAGCCAGUCUGUAUGAGAGCCCUGUAGUGCCUUCUAACACCUUGUCUCCUAGCUCUAUGGCUCCAUCUGUAAGAACCACACACUCUGACUCCACUAUGCCCAGUUUGCAACCCAUCUCAGCCCUGCCUUCUAAGCCAGCAAGCAGAGGUUUCCUCUCUGGAGGGUGGAAACUGUCUCCUCCUCGCCUCCUGGCAAACUCACCUUCUCACCUAUCUGAGGUGGCGUCAGUAAAGGAGGUAACCCUGUCUCCCAUCAGUGAGUCCCACAGUGAGGAAACAAUUCCCAGUGACAGUGGGAUUGGAACAGACAAUAACAGCACCUCAGACCAAACUGAGAAGGGUCCAGCCUCUCGGCGCAGGUAUUCCUUUGAUCCAUGUGGGUUCGAGGCCGUGGAGGCAGCGCCUCUAGACACGUCAAAUAGGAGCACUAAAGCCCGCUGUGAACGACAGGUCACUGCAGUUGACAACUUGUUGUCACUGGAGAAAAGACAAAAGCAUCAUCGGCGGAAGAGGAAGUGCCUACAGACACGGGAUCAUCUCCACUUUCUUGUUGAGUUUGAAGAGGUCGUUGUGAAGUUCAAGCAGCUACGAGUGUCCCACAGACGACCAGCAUGUUACCCCCAGCACCUAUAUCCCUCCAUUUUCCGCCUCAACUUCCACCAUUACUACCCAGUUACCUAUGACUCCUAUGCUUGUAACUCUGGCUCAUACCUACGCAGGAGUGCCGAGCUAAAAGCUAAGAGGAGACGUGGUCGUCCAGCCAAAGCCAACGAGCCAAUAACAUCGAAGCUGCCUUUUGUUCAAGGAUUUAGUUAUCCACUGGCAGGAGGAAAUUUCUAUGCAUCACCCUAUGCGAUGCCUUAUGCAUCUCCACUGAGUCUGGGCUACUUCCCUCCUGCUCCUCCAUUUUACCUGCCCCACCACUCCCUAGGACCUGCACCUCCAUCUCCCUUCAUGAGGCCAGCUGUCCCUCCUCCCAAAUCUUUCCACUCCAGUGGACACUCCAAGCUCCAGGCAGGGCCAAAGCUUCGGACCGCUAGUGGAUCACUCCAGGGACCCUCCGUGAGAGGAGAGGGCCUUGGCUCAAUGAGCAGUGUAGGUGGGAUUGCAGGGGUACACCUUCAUAAGAGGAAGCAUAAGCACAAACACAAGCACAAAGAUGAACCUCUCCUUUCAGCAGUGGACAGAAAGGACUUGGGUGGGCUCUUCAGUGGGGCCAAGACCAUUGCUCGUCUCAGUAUGUUGAGCGACAGGAGGGAAUUGUCCAGUCAGGGCCCUUCAAAACAUCUGGAGAAGCAAAGAGGCAUUGGAAGAGGCUCAAGCCUAGGAUCCAGCAUAGAGAUGUUUGAGCCAGACCAGCUGUCCACACACUCUCUCUCUGACAGCCAGUUACACACAAGACAGACUGUACAGCCUAUAAACAGCUUAAUGAGUGGCUAUGCUAGCCAAUCACAGCAGUUGGAGUCAGCUCCAGAUCCCCUUUUGGGGUCACAAGAGGACGAGUGUAGUGGAAGAGGCAGGAAAACGAGGCUCGCUGUGUUUGGAGAUCAGGGCUUGAUGUCAUUCCAAACUACUAGGCAGGAGCCAGGACAGAUGAACCGGUGCUCCAGCCCCCCCCUUACUGGUGAACCAAGCAAACGGAGGUUCAAACGUCGGGAGGUGGAACAGAUUCAGAAGGAUGUCAGGAGGAUGCAUUCACUGAACUUCGAGCACGUGCAGAAGAUCCUGCGCACCAAGCGACUCCAGCGACAAGCUAAAACGGGAAAUAACGUCAUUAAGAGACGACCCGGGCGGCCCCGGAAACAACCCUUAGAGGAGUCAGAGCCAACAAACAAGAGGGAGGAGGCUCAUGUUGAAGGCCUGAGUUUGGACAUGUUGGCCAGUAAGAGAGGCGAUGGAAGGACUCUGGGGAUGCCUGUCCUGGAGAGGUGUGAUGACCUGUCAGGACUGCAGACCCUCAGGCCGAACCUGGCCCGCGAGUCUUUGGAUUUGUCCAAUCACGAUUCUAUCUCGGCAACCAUUGAGAAAGUUGUGCAUCAGGCACGGUCGGUGACUCCACUGGCCAAAGGAGGGAAACGCAGAGGCAGGGGCCACAGCAUGGACGAGUUAUGGGCCCCCUCCAGUCAGUAGUCGCAAGAGAGCAGCAGUGCUGUGAACAAAACCAGUGCUGCUGCAGGCCUACAAGAUGCAGUGCCCUUAAUUGUGACACAUCUGAGCACUUUGGACUUGUUUCUUCUCUCUGAUGUGUUGGAAAGACUGUAGUGGCUCAGUUGGAGCUGAAGUAGAAGGAGGGAACACUUAAAGGGGCAUUAGUCUAUUGGAUUUCCCCACCAGAGGAUGAGCCUUUCUAGGGUUUAGUAGACUUUGAUCUAAAUGGCACUAUACAGUACUAUUUGAUAAAAGUACGUGGUACUUCUAAUAGUGUAGGGUAAUAUGUGACUCUUUACGUAUCUGAUACAGUGAUGUGUACGGUACUUUACUUUCAUACUGUAUCUACAAUGUGGCUCUAGCCACGUAUUUACCAGCAAGGGGAUGGGAAAUGAUUGAUAUAAAACUGUGCAGCUCUGUUUAUUUUUUGCCUUUCUGGGGAACCCUGUCAAAGAUGUGGAAAAAUACAGCAGUAUUCAAGCCACCUUACCUAAUUACUUGCCCUCGUUGUUUUUCCUACCCUGUUCUCCUGCUCAGAGCCCUUUCAUAGAUCCUGGCAGUUCCCAACUCCCCUGAUCCUUGUCCCUGCUUGACUUUCACCAAUUCUUUCACCAACUCUUUAGCCGUCCCUGGCUCCCGCAGCUCACCUCCAUCUUCCUUUGUCUCAUCUUCUUCUACCAAUCAUGUUUUACAUCUCCCAUUGCUUGUGUUCCCUGCUGUCUUGUGUUUUUUUCCCCUGCCUGCUUAGGCUUGUUUUGGGCAGUUACAAAAAGGCAAUACUGUGGAUGAGACUGUCCCAGACUGUACAUAGGAAACAAGUUCCACUGUUGCCUGCCUGCCUGUACAUUGAAGAAGCAGCUCAUAGACAUCUACUGACGCACAGUAUGUGGAAGUAGAAUUGUUGUACCAUAGACAAUGAAAGUUGUGUAUUAUUUUAUUACCAAAAAGAGAGGUGGGUGUGACUCAAGACAAGGUUGUUUUCAGACAGAAAGAACCACAUGUAUUCAUUCAUUCAUUGUUAAAGUCAUUAUUUUUUUAUAUGCAGGAAGCAUUGCAUAGAGAAGAAAUAUCAGGUGUAUUUUUGAAAAACCUUAAAAUUGGUUUUAAUGCACUAUGAAAAAAACAAAAAAAACAAAACAUAACACUUGCAUCAAUCAAAUGCAGCACUUACAUGCUUGUUCCAGCCUUAUUUUUUGGCCUUUGAUGGUGUGGAUAUCCAUUCCAGUGAGCAUGCAUCAUUUUAAUCAAUUUGUAUAUGCAGGCUGCGCAGCCAAACGCGUCAAACCCAAGUCCCAGUCUGAAUCUUAAUUGAACCAUUCAGCAGAAGUGGGCUCUCAGUCAGUUUUUUUUUUUAAAGCUGAUCCCAGUCCAUUCCUGUAACAUAGAUUUAACAUUUGCCUGGAAACAUUUUCAGGGCAUAACUCCAGUAUUACGGUGUAGAAACCAAAGUCAGAGUAUUAAGUGUACUGAUGUCUCAUUUGAAAUAUUCUGAAUCUAACUUUGACAAACUCUACAUUGGAUUCUACAAAAACAAUUCCUAUGUGUAGCUGUCUCUGAAUCAUUCUGUUUAUAUGUUAAACAUUUGUUGAACUCUUGUCUCCAGUAUAUGUGGCUUUGGUCUGUAUUUUCUCAAACAAGUGUUUUGGAACAUAAGCAAUGGAUCAGCUUUUUUUUCUUUUUAGGAGUUUCAGUUUUUUUAAGUCGAUUCAGACUCUCAUUUACAGCAGUUAAAUUUGUGCCUUAUGUUUCUCUCACCAAUUUACAGUUAACCAGAGAAAUAUCAAAUGGCAAAGUCUGCCUUAGAAAUUUGAACCAUAUUUCAAAGCCCAUGAUUGUUCAUAUGACCCAUGUGUCUGUCUACACAAUCCUGAAUCCUGAAUCCUUUUCCCUUUCAGAGGGACGUCUCGAUCAGAUUAUUCAGGGUCCCAGUUAAACUCUGUAAUUCAAACAUUUAAAACCAGUAAAACCAACCACUUCAUAUCUUGUCAGGUUCUACAGGAAGAAGGCAGUAACUGAAACCUACAACUUUAUUCUCUUACAAAUAUUACUGAGGUGUGUUGUGCCACGCCACUCUGCUCUCCUGCUGCUCCUCUGUCCCUAAUAUUGUACCACACUGCAGUUAAAAUAACUCCUGCUGCCCCCAUGUCUGGUGUCUCCUAAUGGGCCAGUUUACGUUGCAUAGCACUUGUUAUCAUGUUUCGAGCAUUAUUAGAGGCAAAAGGAAAAAAACAAUCCCCAAACCUCAGCUGUGAACAAUUUAUGACUAUGUCAUAUAGUCUGUGUCCGAAACUGCUCCCUACAUUCUACAUAGCGCAUUAUAUAGAGGACACACCAUUGUAUAGUGGUGUCCAAAUGUAUAGUGAGUGAAGUCGUCCACUAUAUAGGUCACUCAAUAAAUCCCACAAUGCACAGCAAAAUCUUUGGAUGUACUUAGCAAUAUAUCCCAUCAUUUAAUGCAGUCGUGACGACAUCGCACAGAGAGGAACAUCUGUCCGUUUUGAAUUGUUCGACAUUAAUUGCGUAUUUAACUCUGCGCCGGAACCGUUUUUCAUUUGACCGAUGAGUCCACUAUAAAAUGCGCUAUAUAUAAUUCCCUAUAUUGAAACUGACAGCAUGCUUAGAUUACGUAUUGUGUUUAGAGCAGUUGGUGUCAAAACAUUCAUAUUUUUGGACAAUUCAUAGAUGAAAAAUUUGAAGAAACCUUCAGGAUCGGGACACCCUUAUGUUUUUUUCCAUAGUCAGCAUCCUCUGUCACUGGGCACUGAUCAGUUCACUCGGCUAAUGUUUUUAUCAUUCUAACUAAAUGAAAGGGCUGGGCUUUACUAAGACAGUACUGUGUUAGACACACAUCAUACACUGCCUACAUGCUGCUUCACCACAGUAGUAGGAAACACAAAUGGCCACUGUAUCAAUAUAAUAACCAUCCAGCUGUAUUGAUCAUGUCCUAGAUACACUGUAUAAUUGAAGAUCUCUUACUCUGCCUGGGGUAGAACCACUUAAAUACAUCAUUUGAACAGGUUCUGGAUCAGAGGAGCUCAGCAUGGGAACCACAUUAUCCUCCAUUGUUGUUUGCUAUGCAUCAGGCCACGCCUGGCAAUGACCUUAAAAGGAAUUUCUGUCCUGAGUCCACCCUUCAACAAAGACAAAAAUAAGUGGUCUUUUUUUCUGAAAAAAAAAAAAAAAAGAAGAAUUCAUGUAACAAGAAUUGUGAAUAAUACCAGUAAUAAUUUGUAAUAAGUUUGUGCAGAAAGUGACUAUCAUUUCAUCAAAAACUAUAGUUACUGCAGUUUUUUUGCAGUACAGCCUUAACCAGAUGUAAAACAACAGUAUUAACGUGUUUGUUGUAAAUAGUGUUAGAAUGUCCAUCCUGCAUGGAUUACCAGUUGGGCCUCAUCAAUGCUGGGACUGUCUCCUAAAAACCACAGCGGACCCUGUCUUUCUGUAAAGACUGCUCAAGACCCAAGAAAACCCACCAGAUUCUACAGCACAUUGUUUCUAUGAAUUCCACUCUGUUUAAUAAUACAGGAAGCGGAAAUAAUUUGCCUUACCCCACCUUUUCACAAUUUUUGAUUUUACAAACCCCACUGAAGUGCAUUCGACCAAAAAUAGAAAAAUCUCUACUGACUUGCAGCAGUUUUGCCUGCAGCCAAUACAGUAACGUGAAUAACAAGAAGCAGAAGGUUGUGUGUGCGGUGUUUGGGGAGUUCUCUGAGGAAACAGCCAAAAAUACAGUCGUCCUAAUGCUAAUGUGGUUUACCUUUUUUCGGCAGGUGACCUUGAGCAGGUCUGCAGUCUGUUGUAGUGAAAAACCAGGUUUAGGUAUGUGAUACAUAAGGUGUCGAGAAACUAAACACUUGGCAGCUUACUCCUUCAUACUGUGGUUGGUCAGUGGUCUCUGAUGUAUAAGUUCAAGAGCCCAGGUGUUUUGUGUCCUGUCUGUCUCUCCUACCAGCCAAUGCUCCGGUGCCUUUUAACACUGACAAGUAUUGUCCAAAUCCAGAGCUUUCAUUUUACACAGAGACUGCACAGAGAAUGUGGCUGUGGUUGGGGUUCAAGGUCACUGUUGUAAUGCAUUGUAUUUAGCAGCCAAUCUGGACCAGCGGCCACAGGAGGCCCCUCCAAACACUGAUGUAGGGAUUGUUUACGUUGCUUCUGGUGCCAGCUUCAAGAGCAGUGCAGCAGUGUUUGACCCUAAACCAGACCAGUUCCCACAGCACCAAGGAUGAGAUGUUAUGGCACCUAAGGUUCGAUCACCUUCCUCUGAUUCUUUGUAGCAUUCUAUAAUGUAUGAGAUGUCCUACAAAUGAUGUGAGAGGCGGUGUGUGUAAGACGGUCUCAUAAAUGUACAUGCAGUCAUCCUAGCAGCGUAUUUUACACUUAUAAGCUAUAAUGUUGUUCACAGCUGACAAGUGCAUAUGAAACAUUGCAUUAAGAAAACCAAUAAAUGUACUUUUACAGAGCACAAAGUGAGCUCUUCUAACAGUGUGGGCAUAUUUUAGUUUGUAUACAUAGUGUAUUUGAACCUUUUUCUACAGUGGGUUUCCUUUAUCUGCAUGUUCAACUUGACUGUAUGCAUAAAUAUUUUAGACACAAAAAAAAGUUGAAUUUCAAUUGGAUUUGGAGCAAGACUUGUAUAUUGUUUGAUAUGUUUCUUUUUGUAAUGAAUUUUUUAAUUCAUGAAGCAUUUUUGUACAUUGUAUGAAUAUUAAAAAAAAUGCAAAUAUUUGACAUAUAGAGUAAAUACUAGAUGUGCAUGCAUAUGCAUAUAUCCUUCACGGUAUGUAUGUGUCAAUGUACACAUAUAUUUUGUAUUUAAAAUUACAGAUAUAUGUCUUAAGCACAUAUAUACAUGCAAUAUAUAUGUAUAUCCAUGUCCGCUGGCAUGCUUUAGGUCAUGUUUUUCUGCCAUGAUCUUGUAGGUUUAUUUUUAUUUUUUUUUUUUGUUUAUUGUUUUUUUAUUAUUAUUAUUAUUAUUAUUAUUUCUUUUCUCUGAAAGAAAAGCUCAUUCGGUUGCUAACCUUCUGUUGGCUGGCUACGUUGAGCACUUAUUAAGAAGAACUACAGUUGAAGUUGUUCAUGUUAUCCAUUGUGUGAAAUAAUAAAUGACUUUAUUGACAGCU